AUGAGUCUGUUGAAUGAGCUGCAAAUUCUUGGUAUGGUUAUUGAUAAGGAAUCUCAGCAAGAUCCUCAUGCAGCGUUGAUGUCUGACAAACCUUCAUGUUCUAAUUCUAAGCUGAAAGGCAAAAACAAAAAGAAAAAUAAGCUUCAUAAGGUUCCAGGAGCUAAUGGUGGUGUGGCUAAGCCUAAGGGCAAGUGCUAUUAUUGCAAGCAACCUGGUCAUUGUAAGAAACAGUACCCUGACUAUAUAGCUAAGAUGCAAAAACAAGGUACAUCUUUUUCAUAUGUCGUUGAAACAUUUUUAGCAGUUGUUUCCUCCUAA